AUGGCUGGGGAUGGGGUUUUGGACAACGCGCUGGUCAUCAUUUUCUGCAUAUUCGUCGCGGAGUUUGCCGCGAAUAUCGUGGCUCACGGGGAUGCUUAUGUGAACAAGUAUCCUUUCUGGACCGACAUUGUUGGCAUCCUCUCAGUUCCUUGGGACCAUUCCCUGGUUGCAGACAACUUUGUGGACAUCUUCGAGGCCUCAGGUCUGGCGCGUGUGACCAAGUUUGCCAAGCUGAGUGCCCGGGCGGUCCGGUUGUCAAGGCUAGCGAAGCUCUUGCGCUUUUUCCCGGGCUCACGUGAUGGCGAAGGAAACAACGACGCUCAAGGUCCAGCGAAAGGUAUUUCAAUGGAGCUGAUGUCAAGUUUGUCUGUGAAGGUCGCGAUCCUUAUCAUCGUGCUUGCGCUCCUUCUGCCGAUGAUCGACUUUUUUCGAUGGCCUCCGGACGACUAUUCCUUGGAUACCUGGGCAGCUCAAAUCCAUUGGACCUCCAAGACGUUCCCCGAGGAUACAGUCACAGCCGUGGAGGACAUGCGGAACUUCUACGAAGUGCUGACGUACUUCCCCUUUGAGGUGACCUACAACUAUGCCAACAACACCCAGAUUGUCAUCGCCAUUCCCAAUGCCCAAGCUCCCAUGCGAGACGAAGACGUGGUCCAUAUUCAGAAGGAGGAUGUUUGGGUAAAGUUCAACUUCAGGACCCCCAAGCUGACGGAGGCAAUUCUGAAUGUCAUAAUAAUGAGUGGAGUCAUACUGACGAUGUUGGUCGGUGCAGCUUGUGUAUCCUCAGCUGUUUCCCACACCGUCCUGUCUCCAAUCCAAGACCUCCUGGAGAUCGUCCAUUCCACCGCCAUUCAGAUCUUUGAAGCUGUGGAACAAAUGGCAAUCUACUUUGUCAAGGAUUACUCGAACCAGCAGUGGCGGGAAAUGGUGACCAAGGACGUGAACACCAACCGCUUUGCUCACGAGGUGCAGCUUCUCUCCAAGGUCUUGAAAAAGUUGGAUUUGCUGACCAUCAUCGCCAAUGCCAAGAGACCUGUGGAUGAAUUCGAGCAGCUAGGUGAUGGGCCUUCCUCCUUUUUGCAGGAUUUCGCCACGUAUGCAGCUGUCCGGCAUCGGAUGACCUUGCCACGUCCUGAAGGGCAAGUUGAAUUGGAUGAGACUGAGCAAUUGAUGCUUAUGCAAUGCAUUGGCCAAGAACUUGCUCCAGUUGAGAUCAGCCGGGCUGACUGGGAUGAUUGGGACUUGCACAUAGCAGAUUUGAACUCCACGCAGCGUUCGUCUUUGGCCCGGUGCUUGUUUGUCAUGUACGACACCACUCCUGGGUUUGAAGGAUACCGAGCAGUCAGCAUAAAGAAGUACACGUGCCACUGCGAGUUCAUCAAGGCCAUGGAGGGUCAGUAUGAAGAUGAACAGGCUGUCCAAUACCACAAUUGGAUUCACGCAGUUGAUGUGGCCUUCACUUUGCAACAGAUAUUUCGUCAAAUCAACGCCGAAGCCUACUUUGCAACCCAUGAGCGAUUUGGGCUGAUGGUGGCUGCCUUCGCACACGAUGCAGGGAACUUUGGUGUGACGAAUGGCUUCCUCAGCCAGUCUUUGCAUGAAUUUUCCCUCAUGUACAAUGAUGUGAGCUGCCUGCAACAUUUGGCCUGCGCCAAGCUCUUCCGCAUCGCGUCUGAGCCGGGCACCUCGAUCUUCAUCAAUUUCGACAAAGCCACCCGCCAGGAUGUUCGCCAGAUCAUCAUAUUUGCGAUCCUUCAUACAGAUCCACAGUGUCAGCUGGAUCUUUUGGCACAAAUGUGGACCCAUUAUGAAGGACGCAAGGAGCUCUUUGAUCUGAUACAGAAGCUUUCAAGGCAAGAGCUGGAAGAGGGUGACAAGGACAUCCUUUCGAAGGCACACAAAGAGGUUGAGGACUACUUCUGGAAUGCAGAUGUGAAGUAUUCUUUGCGAAACUUGCUGCUUCACGUCGCAGACAACUCCUAUUCCCUGAAGCCUUGGGAGGUGUGUUUACACUGGGCUACUGCACUUUCGGAAGAGUUCUUCAAGCAGGGCGACCUGGAGAGGAGCUACAAAUUGCCAAUGCAGCCGCUGAAUGAUCGUGCGCGGGUGAAUGUGGCAUUUACCCAGGUCAGCAACAUUAAGCACAUCAUCAUCCCACAGACCAAGCUUUUAGUGACGCUGUUGCCGAACUUGCGGAGCUGCAAGAAGAACAUGUGGCUGAACUUGCGAAGGUGGAUCUCCAAGUGGAAGAAGUCGGGCCCUGACCACGAUGAGAUGAGCAGAGUCCUUCAGGAAAUCAAGGAGUUGCGAGAAGAGGACUAUUCUGAUCACGAGGAGGCCAUGGCCGGCAAGGAGGCAUCCAGUAGCUCCGAGGAGGUGAUGCCGUUGCGUUCCGUCCCGGAGGGCUUCGAGAUGCGGCGCCGCGCCUCGAUGCGCUCCGUGAAGUCCGGACGGUCUGCAAAGUCCACGAGCCCACGAAAGGACUUGUCAGGACAUGCCGAUUGA